AUGAAUAGAGAAGCUGGAUCACAGCAACAACUAAACCUAUCUGCACUUCAACGUCUUGAUAACAAGAUCGUUAGUGUCUUGGGAACAUCAACACAUGUUGCUGUUUAUAAAUUCGAUGAAUCAUCUUUAGAAUGGCAUAGAGGUGAGGUUGAAGGUUCAUUGUUUAUUGUAAGAAGAUUGGAGGAGCCAUUCGAGCGUUUGGUCGUGCUUAAUCGCUUGUCGACAAAGAAUUUGGUUGAGGAUAUCAACGAUCGAUUGCUAAUCAAGUGUCAAGGUCCUUAUUUGAUCUAUAAGAGUAACAAUAGUAUCAAUGGUAUCUGGUUCUACGAAGAAUCCGAGCAGCCACGUAUAUUCAAUCAACUAAAGGAUAUUCAAAAGCAGAUUUCAGCAAGACCACCACCAACACCCGUUGUAGUAGCUGUGCCAGUUACACCUCUACCACAACAACAACAACAGCAAUUACAGCAACAACCACUUUCUCCACAACCAAUAUAUCAACCGCCACCUGUACAACAACAACCACCACCUCAUAUGAUGGCACCGCCAGCACAGAUGAUGCAUCAUCAAAUACCAAUACCAAUUACACAACCACCACCACCUGCAAUGUUACAGCAACAACAACCACCUCCAAUGUCACAGCAACAACAAACAGCGGCAGCAGCAUUAGCAAUAAAUCAACAACAACAAGAAACACACUUGCCAAUAUUAGCUAAACUUAUGAGCUCUGUUACUAUGAACAAACCACCAGGAUUACAUCAAGAACCACCAGCUAUCCAAGCAAUCAGCGUCAGUAGUAUAGAAAGCCAACACCAAUAUAAUCAACAACCAUCGAAAAGAACACCACAACCAGCACAGCAACCAACUCUUACUAAAGAUCAACUGAAAGAAAUUCUAAAAAAACUUUCCAAAGAAUAUGUUAUACUAAUGAUACUGCGUCUUAUGUCACAGGAUGAUCAAUUUAUUAAUCAAGUAUAUAGUUCAUACGUCUCACAAUCAAAAUUCAUGACAAUUUAG